AUGGCGGCGUUAUCAUUACAAUGCAUUGCUACAGUUGCCAGUGGGUCACAGGACAGCACUGCAUCGGCUAUUUUUUUAGUUGACUCGCCUCAUCCCUGCAUUUCUUCAGGCCACGAACCCCUCCACCAGCCAUCCGUGAACAAUCCAUUUCGGGAUAAGGGGCUGAGUUCCAGUCUCGGCUACCAAUGCGACCGGUGUGGCCAGCACUUCAAUACCAGUCGCAACUGGAGCUCUCACAUUCGACGCGCCUGCUGUCUCCUUCCUGAUCCUCUUGACCAGUUGACCGACAUCGCUCCGAUGCCACAAAGCCGUCUCGUCGACAUUGGUGUUUCGUCAUCUGGCUCUUGCCCUCGGUCAGUUCGUUCUAACCGACCGGUCGUCAAACUGAUAAAUCCUCAUCCAGGAGUUGGUUGCAGCAUCUCCGACAAUGCUAGAGACUAUUCUUCCCUACCCUUGUUGGGCUUCGCCACCCCACCACGUCUGACAGCAACGGCUGCUUUGUCAGAAACUGCAAAUUUAGUCUCAUGGCCUUCUUCAUAUGCAUCAUCAGGCCCUGCCCGAGCCACUGCUUCACUUUAUGCCUGUCACAUUUGUCCCGACUAUCAGACCGCAUAUAGAGGAAAACUGAGUCUCCAUUUGCGUUACAUGCAUCGGCUGGUGGCAAGAUCGUCUGCUGCAAAUCGACCAGACGGCAGACAGAUUUUAUCGGUUGGAUCAGCUAGGGGUCUGGUUGAUAUUGCAUUACAGGGAAUAAAUGGAGACCAGGCAAAGAUAGCAGCUUUAAAUUGUCCUAUUACUCCUGGCCAGAAAGAAAGUAGAGCUCGGGUUUCAACAGAGACAGGAUCUGGACGUGCUGCUUGUGGAGCAUUUGGGCGAGCGCGGUUUGUGUUUGUACGCCGGCCAAGCGACGGUUUGAUGGUGGCUCGCAACGCUGUGACGACUGUUAGGAUGGCUGUUGCUCACCCUAAUUGCGAAAUACAACCGAAACUGUCUUAA